CAGGUCGUUCUAUUCUUCUGUUUGGGAAACAACACCAACCUGAGUAGAAAUACUCAAAUUGGGGUGAUCGAGUCCUCGCACUUUUGACCAUCAUGCGGCCGGUAUCACGCAUCAUAGCCGUUGAAUGUUGAGUGGAAAGAUUAGAAAGAACUGUUGAGACUACAUGUAUUUACUAUGCCCCUUUCUUCACUACACUUAAACCUUUUGUUCCCCUGCUCUCCUCUUUCUUUCUGGGUCUGUGAAUACCGAAUAACGGCCGCUUUGUAAACAUGAAAGGUUGCAGUCAUCGGAGCAGGUCCUUCAGGACUAGUUACUCUGAAAUAUUUGUUUCUGCUCACACUUUUCUCGGCAAUGAGCCAUGGAAGCACUGUUAUUCGAGAGCGAAAACACCAUCGGUGGCACAUUUCAAGCCAGGACCUAUGAAGAUGCCGAGUUUUAAGCAGCUUACUUCCUUCUCAGACUUCCGUCUCCGUGACGAGGACUCCAACUUCGUCUCUGCCGAGCGCUACGUCAAGUAUCUUCACGAGUACUGCGACAAAUUCAAGCUUUGGUCCCAAAUCAAACUCUCCACCACUGUGGUAUUGGUGAAGCCCAACAUCAAAGGCAAGGGUCAUACAAUUACGUAUUCAGCCAAAGGAACGGGGAAGCAAAAGAGUUGGACUUGUGAUGCGAUUGCAGCAUGCUCUGGCCUGCAUGUUACCCCUAACCUGCCCGAAAUCCCGGGGCUGGAGGACCAUGUGCCCUUGGUGAUGCAUUCAUCCCAGUUCAAAUCCCGCUCACAGUUUGGAACUAAUAAGACAAUCAUGGUGCUUGGAAGCGGCGAGACAGGAGCAGAUAUAGCGUACCUGGCCGUUACCUCACCCACCAAGCAGGUUGUAAUGUGCCACCGCAGUGGCUUCCAUUUUGCACCCAAGUCCCGUCUUGUUUUCUGUCCUUGGGGGUACACUCAAUGCACUCUAACAGUGCCAUUGGACAAUGCCCGAGCAAGUCUCUUCGACACAGCCUAUGUCCACCCUCUGUUGCGCAACUCCAAUGCCCUCUGGACAUUCUACGACUGGUACGUCAAAGGAAUACUGUGGCUGAACACCGGAACUUCAGGAGGUUUUGACCAGAUUGUCGGAGAACCUUCCCCAGAGAAGAACCAUGUUAGCAAAAUUUUCUUCAACAAGAGCAGCAAAGCAUCUCCCUACAUCUCGUACCCCUAUCGUCUCAACUCCAAAAGAAGUCUUGUCGACCGCAUCCGCUCCGAUAUCAUCCAGUCGCCCGUACCUUCCACCAAUGGUCGACAGAUUGGCUUGGCCCCUUGGCCCGAGUCAGUCUCCUCCGACGGAGAGAUACACUUUCAAGACAAUGGACGGCCGAAGUUUCAGAGGGUCAAAGACGGGAAUAUCAAGCCCGACAUUGUCAUCUGCUGCAUAGGCUACAAGCAAACCUUUCCUUUUCUGGACAGAGAUCACUACCCCACAGCAGAAGAGGCCAACAGACCCAACAGUGAAAUUCAUGGGUUCUUGAGACCAAGUCUAGGGGCGAUCCCGCCGUUGGCGGAGAUGCAGGCUCAGUUGUGGAUCCUGAGCAUCAUGGUUCCAGAGAGGGUGCCUGAGUUGAGGCCGGAGGAUGAGCCGCACUACAGGGCAAGGAUAGCCGGAUCGGAUAUGGUAACGAUCAUGAGAGCUAUAUCUAGCAUUGGAUAUAACUCCGCAGUUGGGUUCGCAGAGAUUGUCAAGAGGUCAUGGGAACGAAGGGAGUGGAGGUUGGCCAUUGCUUGGGCAUUGGGGGUGAAUGUAAACCCUAAAUUUAGAAGUCGUGGACCUUGGAGAUGUGAUGGACCAGAGCGUCUGUUGGAGACGGAGGUUUGGGAGACGAUGUGUCGAAGGCGAUGGUUCUUUGAUCAUUUCUUGUUGUCUUUUCUCCCCAUGGCCAUAUUUGGUUCUUUGAGUUUGGCUUGCUCGAUUUAUGCCAUGCUCUAUCACGCCAUGUUCGACGUUGUCUUGGCUGUGUGUGAGCAUGGCCCCGGGACUAUACCAUCUGCAAGAGUACUCUGGGUGGAAGGUAAACUGGUGUUGCACACCACUACUUCCAAAAAUAGAUGAUAAGGACCUUUUAUGUAGUCUCUGAAAACAACGCAAUGCUGA